UCUGUGUGAUUUAGUCGCUAUGAUUGAUGCUGCCGUUUAUAGCCUACCACAUCCCUGUUGAACCGCAGGCUACAUCGCACGGCUGUCAUGGUUAUUUAAGCGGAUAUCUCCAGAAAGAUUUCCCUCCUCUAAUUCAGUUCACACACACACACACGAGCCUCCAGCGCACAGGGGCUCGCGAGCAGCUGUGAGACGCUGCCUCCCGGUCGUACGGCGGCAGGGGGAUGGCACUGCGUUGGACGGUCUCUCUGUAUUUGUCCUCAGCGGUCUAUUAAGCUUUUAAUUAGCUGAUAACAUACGGUUGACAUUUACGACGGACUGGUGUGGGGGCGACGACAAACGCACCGCUCCGAUUAUGGAAAAGGAGUUCAGGUUUGCAGACCUCUGAUCGUAUUGGCUCCACGGCCAGCCAGGUGGCCAAUCAGGCGACAGCAAGGCUCACUGAUCACGGAGACCAACAGUGAGACUGGGAGACCCUCUUACCGCACCCGCACUGCUUCACCCAUCCCACUCCAUCGUCACCGCCAUGUCUAUACCCAGCGGCAGCCCAGAAAGAGAGGGAUCUGGUGGGGCUCUCCCUCAGCUAGAGUGCCCCUCCUCCCCAACCGGCAUGGACCCAGACCCCCCGUCGACAGGCAGCCCAGUGCUCAGCCCAGACUCAUCUUCCCAUGAUGCAGUGCUGUCAGCACCAGCAGCCUCUCCAGCAGACUCAGAGAACCUGAGUCCUGAUGAACUGGAGCUGCUGGCUAAACUGGAGGAGCAGAACAGGUUGCUGGAGGCCGAUUCCAAGUCCAUGCGGUCGAUGAGCGGCUCACGGCGCAACAGUGGCUCCUCACUGGUGUCCAGCUCCUCGGCCUCCUCCAACCUGUCACACCUGGAGGAGGACACCUGGAUCCUGUGGGGCCGCAUCGUCAACGAGUGGGAAGAGUGGAGACGCAAGAAGGACAAACUCCUGAAGGAGUUGAUCAGGAAGGGCAUCCCUCAUCAUUUCCGGGCCAUUGUCUGGCAGCUGCUUGGCAAUGCCACUGACAUGCCAGUGAAGAACCAGUACUCUGAGCUGCUGAAGAUGUCCUCCCCCUGCGAGAAACUCAUCCGCAGAGACAUUGCCCGCACCUACCCCGAGCACGAGUUCUUCAAAGGCCAGGACAGCCUGGGGCAGGAAGUCCUCUUCAAUGUCAUGAAGGCAUACUCCCUGGUGGACCGAGAGGUGGGCUACUGCCAAGGCAGUGCAUUCAUAGUUGGCUUGCUGCUUAUGCAGAUGCCAGAGGAGGAGGCAUUUUGUGUUUUCGUGCGUCUGAUGCAGGAAUACCGUCUGAGGGAGCUGUUCAAGCCCAGCAUGGCUGAGCUGGGCCUCUGCAUCUACCAGUUUGAAUAUCUGCUACAGGAGCAACUUCCGGAGCUGAACGUCCAUUUCCGGUCCCAGAGUUUCCACACAUCCAUGUACGCCUCAUCCUGGUUCCUCACCCUUUUCCUCACCUUCCUCCCUCUGCCUGUCGCCACUCGCAUCUUUGAUAUUUUCAUGUAUGAGGGUCUAGAGAUUAUCUUCCGUGUGGGCCUGGCCAUCCUGCAGUACAACCAGACUGACCUCAUUCAGCUGGACAUGGAGGGCAUGUCGCAGCAUUUCCAGAAGGUGAUCCCCCACCAGUUUGACAGCUGCCCAGACAAGCUGAUCCUCAGGGCCUACCAGGUCAAAUACAACCCCAAGAGGAUGAAGAAACUUGAGAAAGAAUACACCACGAUCAAGAACAAAGAAAUGGAGGAGCAAAUUGAGAUUAAGAGAUUACGCACAGAAAACAGGCUGCUGAAGCAGAGGAUUGAGACACUGGAGAAGGAGAGUGCUGCUCUGGCAGACAGACUGAUACAGGGUCAGGUGACGAGGGCACAGGAAGCAGAGGAGAACUACGUGAUCAAGCGGGAGCUGGCGGUGGUGAGGCAGCAGUGCAACACAGCCAGCGAGAGCCUCGAGAAAGCGCAGGACACCAUCAGAGAGCUGCAGCAACAGAGGUACACAGAGCAGUUUGUGAGCAAUCUGCAGACCCAGCUGGAGCAGUCCAGACUGCGAGAGGCUGAACUGCUCGGAGCGCUGAAGGAGAUGCAAGACAAGGUUCUGGACCUGGAGAAGAGGAGCAGUUGCCUGCCUGAUGAGAACAACAUGGCGGCUCUGCAGGAGGAGGUGAAGCAGAUGAAGCUGAGGGAGCUGGAGACGCUGCGCUCCUUCAGAGAGAUGCAGGACACAGUCACUGAGCUCAACCAGCGCUGGCAGCAUCAUAUGUCCCGUGGCAGCAGCACUGGUGGUGGGGGUGGCCACUGGAAGGAGUCCCCGAAGAAGAACGCCAUGAACGAGCUGCAGGACAAACUGAUGACGGUCAGACUGAGGGAGGCCCAGGCCCAGGCUGAGCUCCGGGAGGUCAAACUAAAAGCCCUGCAGCUGGAGAGCCAGAACCAGAUCCACAGCAAGCUGAUUGGUCGCCACGAGCAGGAACGUUCCGCCCUGCAGGACCGGCUCCAGAUGUUGGCCAAUCAGAACAAAGCUCUCCAGGCCCAACUCAAUGAGAUGAAAAGGAAGCAGGCCGAGUUCGACUGCAAGAGUAAAGAGGAGGUGAUGGCUGUGCGACUGAGGGAAGCAGACAGUAUGGCUGCCGUGGCUGAACUCAGGCAGAAGAUUGCUGAACUCGAGAUACAGAAGGAGGAAGGGCUGAUCCAGGGCCAGCUGAACCACUCAGACUCCAGACAGUACAUCACCCAGCUCCGGGACCAGAUCGCUGAGCUCAAGAAUGAGAUCAGGCAGUUGCGAGGGCAGAAGGCAGCCCCCAGCUCCAGGGUCAACAGUGGAGGCGUAAGUACCAACUACCAGGACCUCUGCCUGGCCAGCCCCGCCUCCGCUGAGGGAGACUACCUGAGCUCAGACGAGGACCUUCUCCCCAGCCCGCUGCCUCCCAAUGCCCUCUACCCUCCCCUGUCCGGUCCGUGUCACCCAUCUGCUCGCCUAGAUAGCGAGGGCAGCACAGACAGCGAGGCGGAGGAGCGCAUGCGGACACACCCGGACCCACAGCAGCUGUACGGCAGCAUGGUGUGCGCAGAGGGUCUGGAUAACUGAGGCCUGGAGGGGGUGUGAAGAGUCCAUUGGAUUUCUUUGACCUAAAGAGACGCUGGAGCUCUACAGGACAGGACUGCUACUGUAAACUGGGACUGCAUUAUCCAAUCCAGUCCUCCUCCUCGGCUUUUCCAGUGUUUACCUUUUACUUGAUGCAGCCAUAAUGGCAUUGAUCGGAACUCUUUUGGUCAUCACUAUGUGUAGUCUCCGCCCCUGUUAAUGCCUCCACCGCCUUGUUCCCGACACUGUCCAUUCCCUGUCAAAGAGGAAAUAUAAAGCCUCUCUCCUUGUUCCCACGUGUAACUGCGCCAGAAACUGUCCGUCAAAAUACAUAUCCAUCCAAACACAAACAUAUGACACACAAACAAACUGAGUCUGGACCAUAAAGGCUGUUGCUGCUCGCUGCUUGAGAUCAACCAUGGGACCUGAAUCCGUGACCGUGACGAGGAGUGAAACAUGGGUAGACAGAUAAGAACACCUCCCUCUCCCUGUAAACUGAAGAAUAGACACUUGACAUACAGUAUGCUCUGUCUACCCUUAUAUAACUCUCCUCCCUGAUUGGUUCAGAGUUAAAUACAUCUUUAUCCUCUCUUUUCCCUUUUUAUGGCUUUCUUUAAGAAGACACACAUCCAUCGUCACUGCCUUCAGAAACAAACUUCUAUCAGCCAUCCAUUCACAAAAAAAAAAAAAACUCAAAAUGAUGAGUAGGAGAAGGAAAGGUACAGUGUAGGAACAUGUACACAUCAAACUAUUUGUUUAUCACAAGGUGGCAUUCAUGAGUGAUUCAUGAACACUUUAACAUACUAAAUAUGUGUGUUGUCUGUGUCUGUGGUUUGCAGAUAACAAUUCAACAGCUCAUGUCAAAACAUAUUCAUCAUAACCCACAAAAAAUGAAGGAAGAUACUCAAUGUUGCCAAAUGUUUUGUUUUUAACUUAUUUAUAUGUUGUAAUUUAUUUUGAUAUUUUUUUUAUUUUUUAUAUAUCUAUAUGAAACUAUAGGAGCGUAGAGAUACUGACAGAGGCCAAACUUUCUACAGCGUCCUUUGUGCCAACAAGUCGUCUGUUACAGGUUUACUGUGACACUUGAGUGUUUCAGAGACGGAAAAUGUGCUGCUAUGAUUUUGAAUUUUACUUCUUCCAUUUUGUUCUUUCUGUUGUUUUUUCUUUUAAUCUUUGUGAACAGUUUAAACGUGAUUUUCCUCCCUGGAGCUCUUCAAAAUGUAUUUAUGAUGGGAACCAUGUGGGGUCCUUCAAAACCAAACACUAUCAUUGUCUAUGUGUGAGUUAAAGUUUGACAUUUUGGGAACUAUAUUUACUGUAUAUUGCUGUCUGCCUGAGAGUUAAAUGAGUAGCUGGGCUAUUUCUUUUAUACUGGUGACUUCCUGCACACAGUCAAGAAAAAGGCCAGCACAUCACCUGCCCACCCCACAUUAGACCCCAACUUGUUUUUACACUUAAAUUUUUUUUUUUGAUUUUUUUUUUUUGAUUAACUGUGGCCACAAGUAAUAUAGUGGUAGAUGCUAAAACGUAGCGUAACACUGGCACAAGUAAAGAAAAAUGUCUCAGUAAUGUCAGUUACAUAACAACAUCUAGCUAACAUUAUCCAACAUAAGCUACUGGUCAAACCAGACCAAGUGAGGCCGUAACAGCUAGUUAAACCCCAGAGAGUAAUAAAUAGAGCAAGGGUGCUUUUUAUUGCUUAUUAAUUUAGCCUUAGAGGUGCUGGUAGGCAGAUUUUUUUAACCUUCGGACAGAGCAGUUUCCAGUCUUUAUGCUAAGGUAAGCUAAGCUAACCAUCUCCCUGCUGUAGCUCCACAAGUAACAGACACACAUGAGAGUGGUAUCAACCCUUUCAUCUAAGUGAAUAAUCUUAUUUCCCAAAAUGUCAGACUGUUCCUUUUAAUUGUCAGUGUCCCAUACAAGCAAAAGGAAAAAUCCAGGUAACAGUGCUGAUCUGGAGUCGCCCAGUUCAUGUGCACAUAUCACUUUCUGACAACUAAAACUGCAGCAUGUGGGCCAAUGAAAGUGGUGGGAGCACUUCAUAUCGUAAGGACGCUGACAAAAAGGCUGUCAUCAUGACUGGAGAGCGUGUGGGUGGAAAAUAUUUUACAUAUCAAACAUUAAUAUAUUCUGUGUAGAAAAAGGGUGUAAAAUGUAUGGAGAGUAUGAAAUAUACAGAGUGACAGGAACAAACUUAUAUAGAUAAGAUUUAAAGCUGUAUCACUGUCAGUCAAAAUGCACUGAAGAUGGUGAGAAGAAGAGUGUGUGUAUUUAUCAGACAGGGUGUCAUAUGUAGAGCAAUGAUCUCUGCUUUUUGCACUACAGAGAGAGAAACUCUCUGCUCAUGACAUUAAGCAGUGAGAGAUGGUGUGGAUUAAUGGAUUCAUUGUGGGAUCAUUCCUUAUUAUAUUCAGCUCUUCGGAGGGACCUUGAUGCGAUCUAAGUACUUCACUCCAAGAUUAACAUCUUGACUUUCUAUAGUGCUAUAGUCUAUAGUAUCAUUAUUCCUCGGACUGAUGUUGGAAGUUUCUGUAAAUGCUCUAAAGGCCAACCUCACAAUUCUGGCAUUGUUUUUGCAAUGGAAAUGAAAGAAUGGUAAAGCAGAGCAUUAUUUUCAUUGUGUCAGAAAUAAGGAAAUUGGAUCUUCCAAUAAAUGGCCAUCCAAAAACUAAAGAGGAUGUUGGUUUGCCCGCCAGACUGUUGCAAAUAACAGCUUUUUAGUGGUCAUUGGUGGGUGUAGCAACUGAAAUCUUAACACUGGAAUCAGUGUUUUGAUAUCAUCAGACCAUAUCAGUGUCGUACAAACGGUUUCAAUUCAGUUCCUUCUGGUUCUUAGUAUAUACAGAAUGUAGACUGGCGUCAGCUCUGUUCAGCAUGAGAUUUAAGCCCUUAAAUCCAUUUACUCCAUAACUGGCUGAACUGGUCACUUAAAGUUACAAUCCUUCAGACUUUAUUAUAUCAAACCCAAUUUUUCACCACAGUCAACCACAGCCAGGUUUCCAUCCAAAUGUGGCAAAUUUUAACCAAAUUCCUAUAAAAUCAUCAAAAGAGAACACAAAUGAAUUAUUAUUAUUAUUUCAAAUAAAACUGAAAACAAUGUAGAAAAUAUAAUGGAAAUAAGGAAUUUACAUUUGUUUCAUGUUUUAAUAUGAGGAACGUUACAGUGUCCUCAUAUUUUUGACUUUCACUGUUCUGCCAUAGCUGAAUGGCACCUUACUGGAGAGUAACGGCACUAAAUUGCUGCUCUUCUGAUUAUUUCUAUGGAAAUUCUGUUCAAAUUUCUUCCACAUUUGGAUUGAAACCUGGCAGUUGUUGACUGUUUUCUUUACUCUUCUCGGUUAAAAUAUGGAGAUGAUAAAUCAUCUCAUCAUGUGUUUGGCUGCACUGUAAACAUAUGCACAAAUUGCUCCUCUUCUCUUGCAUUUCUGACAGGUUAACCCUUCAAAGCAUAUUUCAAAUUUAACUCUGGGCCCUGCGUUACCAUCAGUAACUACAGGUUUUGCCAAAUCUACUAUGACUAAAAUCUAGAGGAAUAUAAUUUAAAUAUUUUAUUUUGGAUUUCAGUCAGAAACUACAUAAACUGUUUGUAGGACUGAGUUUCCUUUCUGAAAAAUUGAAACUAAUCUGGACCCAGAUCAUUUCUUAGUGUCCUUAAACACAUAAACACAUUUGCACACUGCUGUUCAGUGAUGGUGCUCUGUUCUCACCACUGUCUAAAUACCACUCUAUCUACUGUGAUGAAACAUUUUGAUAUGUUUGUAAAUUACUUUUGAAUAUGGUACUAGCUGUCAUCCUUAAUAUUAUUUUUAUAAUUACCAUCAGUAUUUCAUUUUCUCCUGCUAACAGCAUUACAUGAGAUGAUAAUGAUUAAACAUCAUAAUGUGCCAUAAAAGUAGGUAGAUUUACAAACUAUGCUCAAUGACUUCAUGUGUGUUUAACAAGGGUUUCAUCAACAAGUCAGCCACUACAGCCCUUCAUUAAACAGCCAUGUAAUAUAAAGUUGAUUUUGCGUGGAUUGUAAAACGAUCACACUGUGUUGCUCCAGAUGUAUCGUGUUGAACCUGGAACUCCCACCACACGUUUUCCCUGAUUUAAAGCGGGAAAUGCAACAACACAGUGCUAAAUGAUGAGAGUUUCUCCUUACAGACAGUCCUGAUCCUGGUUAGUCUGGUGUAGGAUUUCUCAGAUUUAUGUGCUGUAUGUGACAGCUGUUUGAUAUCCACAGCAUCAUACCCAAGAACCUUGUCCACCCUCUCUCUUUCUCUCUUGCAGUUCAACUGAUGUUGUUGUCAAAUAUAUUAAAUGACAGUAAAGAUUAUAUAAAUUCCAGUAUGAUGGGGAAAAAAUACAUUUCAGUGUUCUGUAUCCUAUGAAUGAUACAAAAUAAACUUUGACAUUGCA